CUUUCGUGGAUUAAACCCAGAACCCUCGAGCUGAGGAAGCAUGGGACUAAACAGUGUUGAAGAGCUGGUAACCGGUAAGAGGUCAGGUGGCAAAGAAGCCAAUGAUUUCCCUGGUGGCGUGUACGAAGCGGCAGUCAAUCAGGAGAAGCAAGAUGAUCUGUACUCCCACAUGGAGUUGGCAGAAGGUGGAUCGGAGGACAGCGAUCACGAAGAAGUCAGCGUCACUGCACUUAAUACGGAUAAAAGUGGGCGACUCAGACUGGACACAGUUGAUGACUUGUUCAGCAUCCUUCAGCUGAGGCAGAGGAGGAGAGAGAGGAAGAAGCCUGUCAACAAAAAACAACAUCCAGUAGUGGAGAUAGUGCCGGAGCUGGUGGAUGCGGAUUCAUUCUUGAGAGCAGCGUCGGAGAACAAAAUCGUGGUAGUGGAGAAGUACCUCUGCGAUGGAGGGAACCCCAAUGUUGCAGACAAUUUCCAGAGAACAGCUCUGCACAAGGCAUCGUUCGGAGGUCAUGUGGAGAUCAUGAAGAGACUGUUGGAUUUCGGAGCAAAGAUCGAGAAGACCGAUAAGCUGGAGGCCACAGCGGUCCACUGGGCCUGCAGAGGAGGAAGUCGGCCAGCCUUGCAGCUUCUCCUGGACCAGGGAGCCAAGCUCACAUCCAGGGACAAGCUUCACAGCACGCCCCUGCAUGUUGCCGUACGGACGGGUCACUGUGAGUGUGCCGAGCACCUGAUUCACUGUGGAGCUGAUGUUAAUGCCAGAGACAGAGAUGGAGACACCCCCAUGCAUGAUGCUGUACGGAUUAACCGCUUCAAAAUGAUCAAGCUGCUGAUGAUGUAUGGAGCCAGCCUCAACACCAAGAACUCAGAUGGAAAAACUCCAAUGGAGACCUUGUAUUCAUGGCAGAAUGGCGCCAAGAGCCUCCUGUUCACUGUCAGUGAGGAGAAGUCUUGCUAUUAAAGGGCGCAGUUGAGCCUUCAGAAAAAGAAUUGAGGACCAGGAGAAGCAGUCGGUAGGUUCUCUUCAUCCAGUCAGGCUGGUGGGACAGAGACUCAUCAGGUUUAAGUAUCUGUCGACGACUGCCCGGGUUAAAAUGCUCCUAAAUCCAUUACCGAUAUAUAUCCAGAUGCAACGUAGUGAUCAAAUCUGAAUAUAGAUUAGUUCCAGAAAACCUAUCGUCAAGUAUUGCCGGACAAUCUGGACUGAGCUGGUGAGCCAUUUCUUAAGCGUUGUGUCUGUGUUGAGAUGUCUCACCAAGAGAACAUAUUUACUGACCAAUUUUUUAUUGUUUUAAGAUGCAAAGAGGCAGCUUUGCCGCACCUAUUGAAUUUCACACUGCUAAUGCUGCAGUCGGCUGUAUAACAAUUCUUGCUUCAUGAUUUCAGUGCUACUAGUGGUUGAGGUAAAUUCAGAGCCAAGACAAUCAAGGUCAAGGGGUCAAUCAAGACUUGGCAUGUCAUGUCAGAUGACAUUAUAUGUCAUGACUUUGGUUGUUUUCCAAAUUUUAAUAACAAAUAUAUUUUACUAUGGUGUAAAUUUGAAAGAAAGACCAGAUAUUAGUGAUAUUAGGAACAAGAAUAUGAGAAAAGUGAAUUUAGCUUUGUCAAUACAGUCAACUUCAGAUUUAUACACGAGUACUUAAAGCCAUCUCGCUGAAGUCAUCCAAAGUCAUCUUCUGUAUUUGUCCAAUCUUCAAUUCCCAUAGAAAAAGCAGUUGUUCGGUCUUGGUUCUGUUACAAUAUCUUUUUAUCAAUCAGCACCAGCGGGCAAAAUGGCGUUGUGAGAAUCACCACAAGAUGUGACUGGUGUUGACGCAGCAUGUGGUUAAGAACUGGAAAAGCAGGAUGUGGCGUGGAAGGUUUUGUUUUCAAAAGAUCGAUGUGACUCUCUCACUUGAAGAGUAGUUAGUUGAUGAACUGGGUCAAGAUGGUUCUCAGAAGGUUUUGUGGAAGCA